UUUUUACAGUCUACUUGGUCUUGUUUUAAAAUUCAACCUUUUUGGACAAAUUUAAGAGUUUUACUGGAACAAAUUAUUGGAAUACAACUUCCACAUAAUCCAACAUUAUUUUUACUAGGCGAUAUUGAAGGGAUAAAAUCGAAAUCCAAAUUGAAUAAACAUCAGAAAGAAUUCAUAAAAAUUGCAUUGGCAGUAGCCAAAAAGGCUAUUGUAGUUACUUGGAAAUCGGAUUCAUACUUAAGUAUAGAUCUUUGGAAGAAUGAAAUUUUCAGCUGCAUUCCACUUGAAAAAAUUACUUCUAAUUUAAGAGAUAAAUAUGAAAUAUUUCUGAAAAUUUGGCGCCCUUAUUUACAAAAGAUAGGAUUAAAUAUAUAGGUGCUCCGAAGAUAAAAUUAUUGGUUAUCUGGGGAAAGAAUUAAAUAUACGGUACCUAUUAAAGCUAUUAUGAACUCCAUGGACCAUGUGGGGAUCUUCCCACAUCCAGGCAUUCUUUCUUUCUGUCUUUCUUUUUUCUUCUCUUUUUUUUCUAUAGGGAUAUGUUUGGGGGGAGGGUUUGACAUUUUUUUUUCUUUCUGUAACCUAUUUGAAAAUUCAAUAAAAAAAUUUUUUAAAAAACUACUGCCUACCACCCACAGUCGAACGGACUAGUGGAACGCUUCCACCGUCACGUGAAGUCGGCUCUCAUGGCCCGCCUGAGAGGACCUAACAAUAGACAAUAGACAAUAGGACCAUUCGGCCCCUCAAGUCUGCACCGCCAUUCUGAGAUCAUGGCUGAUCAUUCACUAUCAAUACCCAGUCCCUGCCUUGUCCCCAUAUCCCUUGAUUCCCCUAUCCAUCAGAUAUCUAUCCAGCUCCUUCUUGAAAGCAUCCAGAGAAUUGGCCUCCACUGUCUUUCGAGGCAGUGCAUUCCACACCUCCACAACUCUCUGGGAGAAGAAGCUCUUCCUCAACUCUGUUUUAAAUAACUGACCUCUUAUUCUCAAUCCAUGCCCUCUGGUACUGGACUCUCCCAACAUCUGGAACAUAUUUCCUGCCUCAAACCUAUCAAAUCCUUUAAUUAUCUUAAAUGUUUCAAUCAGAUCCCCUCUCAAUCUCCUCAAUUCCAGCGUGUACAAGCCCAAUCUCUCCAAUCUCUCUGCGUAAGACAGCCCUGCCAUCCCAGGAAUCAACCUAGUGAAUCUACGCUGCACUUCCUCAAUUGCCAGAAUGUCCUUCCUUAAACCUGGAGACCAAAACUGUACACAAUAUUCCAGGUGUGGUCUCACCAAGGCCCUGUACAAAUGCAAAAGGACAUCCUUGCUCUUGUAUUCAAUUCCCCUUGUAACAAAGGCCAACAUUCCAUUUGCCCUCUUCACUGCCUGUUGCACUUGCUCAUUCACCUUCAUUGACUGGUGAACUAGGACUCCUAGGUCUCUUUGCAUUUCUCCCUUACCUAACUCGACACCGUUCAGACAAUACUCUGCCCUCUUGUUCCUGCUUCCAAAGUGGAUAACUUCACAUUUAUUCACAUUGAAUGACAUCUGCCAAGUAUCUGCCCACUCACUCAGCUGUGUGUGUGGACGAGCUUCUCUUGGUCCUGCUUGGAAUUCGCACAGCGCCCAAAGAGGAUCUGCACGCCUUGUUGGCCGAGUUGGUGUACGGCGCGCCCCUGGCCGUCCCAGGAGAGUUCAUACCAGCCCCAAGGGGGUAAGAGGAAGAACCCGCAGCAGUCCUGGACAGGCUACGCGAGGCUCGGCAACCUGGCCCCUGUACCAACUUCACAGCAUGGACGGACCCCGACCCAUGUACCCAAAGACCUGCAGAACUGCCUGGAGGAAACGUUGGUUUGUGCUGCGUAGUGGGCGAUUGAGUGGCAAUCCCGAUGUCCUUGAAUACUACAAAAACCAUCACUCCAAGAAACCACUGCGCAUGAUAAAUCUCACCGAAUGCAAUAAUAUUGAAGCUGGGCUGAAGCUUAGUAAAAAAGAAUUCCAGAACAAUUACAUUUUUGAAGUGAAGACUCCAGCUCGGACAUUCUACUUGGUAGCUAAAACUGAGGAUGAAAUGAAUAAAUGGGUGCAGCACAUCAGACAGAUCUGCGGGUUUAGCUCAGGCGAUGAUGGAUCAGAUUCCCUUGGCAGUUCUUCUCCAACUACCUCCUCAUCACUCCAACCAUCUCCUGCUGUUUCAACUCAUACACAGCAAUCGGCGAGUAGAGACCAGUUUCCUUCAUCUCAAGAUUCUGGUACUGAAGCUGGCUCUCGGAGAAGUGAAUCGGACUCUACACUGUCUGCUUCCAUGCCUCUGGAUUAUCUUAUUUUAUCCCAAUGCGAGACCAAAUCAAUAGAUACUGCCAGAAGCAACAGUUGUUCUCCAUGUGAUAAAUCGUUUGAUCAUUCCUUUGAGUUGCCGGGAUUAGAAGAUGUUCAAGAGAAUCUACAGCCCAAGAGCAGCACCCCAACACAGUUGUGUUGCAAUGUACCAAUGUACAAAAACUUGCAGGAUUCGCAGAUGGUCAUCCUUCCCAACCAAGAUCACAGUGGACCUUCAUCUGCUUCUUCAUCUCCAUUGUCCGUUUAUUCAUUCUCACAUAUCUUUAACUUUGACAAAAACCACAAUACAUUACCCUUUGGGGUAACAGGGAUUCAUCUUUUAUCAAACACCCCACCUCCACGGCCACCAAAGCCAAACCAACUUACUGACCGUGAAAAGACACACAAGGUGGUUGAGAAUGGAGAUGGUGCCUAUGCUGUGAACCCAGCUCCAGUACCCAAGAGAAUCCCUCUUUCAAGUCUGGAGAAAACAAGAUAUUGGAGAGAUGCUGAAGAGUGCAGUCUCUUUCCUUUUACUGAUUACCAAGGGAAUUGCAUAACAAUUGCAGAGGAAGCAUUUAACGGAAAUCUAAAACUCUCUGGGCAGCAUUGCAGUACCAUGGACAGCACUGAUGACAGCUAUGUUCCAAUGAAUCCAGGGUCUUCUCCAAUAAUGCCUGCAGCUGAUUGCACAUCAGAUGGUUACAUUCCUAUGAGUCCCGCUAGUAGUAAUUUGGUCUUCCAAUCAGUCACCGUAGACAAUUUGCCAUUAUCUACAAUUCCUACAGACAUAGAACCUCCUCCAGUUAACAGGAACCUCAAGCCUAGAAGCAGAAAGAUCAAGCCACCACCUUUAGAUCUGACAAGCUUGUCGACAAUCAGGGGACACUGGAACUAUCCUGGUGUCAACAGGACACGGAGUAUGCCAUUCAGAUGGAGUACAGCUAACUGUAUCACACCUGAAAUCCAGAGUUGUUCAUUCAGAAGUUUCUACAGCACAUUUGAUGGGGAGAGUGAAGAAAAUUACACUGCAAUGGAACGUUCAAGCUCUGUAUAUAAUGGCAAUGGCAACACUCAGUGGCCGCGAACAUUAAACCUUGAUUAUCUAGCCUUAGAUUUCAAUGCAACAUCUCCAUCUCCUGUUCAAAAGAAACCAUUCCUUUCAUCCAUGCUGGAAGAGCGGGUGGAUUAUGUCCAAGUAGACGAACAGAAGACCCAGGCUUUGCAGAACACUAAACAAGAAUGGACUGACGUACGCCAAUCAUGUAAUAUUACAAAACCGUCAAAGUGAUGAAUUUUUACCACAACUAUAAACAUUACCAGCUCCGAAAUAAGAUGGAAACUAGACCAAUAUGGUUCUAGUAAUAUCAGACUGCAGGAAUAAAUCGAUGUUUUUUUUUAUUAGGAAUUGAAAGUAGAAUGACAACAGGCAGCUUGUUCAAUGUUGAUUCAAUUGCAAAUACAAAAUCAUGAAUCAUAUUUUUAACAGUGUUGCUACGGCAUUGGUAUAUUUUGAUCAAUUUUUCAAUUUAUGUUUUCCCAGCAAUGUUUUAGAUCAGGUACUGUAUCAAAUACAGUUGAGAAGACUGCCAAAUAUUUUUUUUUACUGAAAACACAUUAUGAACAGUAAAGCCCAUAGUGCGGGACACUAUCAGGGUUUAAACAAAGAGUAAGUGAAAAGAACAACAGUAAGAUUCAGAAGAGUGGUUGGAUGAUACUCUACUUGAACUUUAGAAUAUCAUAAACACAAGAUGCAGGAUUUUGGGAGCUUGCUGGCUGUAUGGGGAAUAAAAAUGGUAAGGAGUAGUACAAUUUUGAACUAACAGUAGAGUUCCAACUUCAGUGGACUGGGAAUGUGGGAGAGCCAAAACAAGUGCAGGAUAAUGUUCUGGCACUGCCAGUGGAGCACUGUGUAAAAGCAUUAACUGUGGUCUGAAUGUUAGAAAUCUUGUCAGCAAGAUCUAACAGAAGCAGACAUCAAUUCUUCUAGUAUUCAGAAUGGUAGGAGAAUGUUUUCAUACACAAAAGCAUUACUUAAUCAAUUACAAGAUGCCUUAGCCUUGACUAAGUGAGUCUGAUGUGACAAUCAAUACUUUGAAGGGUAACUUUUACCAUUCUGGUCACCAAAGACAAUGUACUACUUUAGCUUGAAAAAACUAUAGAUACUGGAAAUCUGAAAUUAAAACAGAAAUGUUAAAACUAUUUAGAAAGCUGGACAACAUCUGAGGAGGGUGAAACACAGCUAAUUUCUCAUUGAAUGAAAGUUUGUUAACCUCGAACAUUAACUCUGCUUCUCUCUCCAAAGAUUGUGCCUGAUACUGGGUUUUUCAGAAUCUGUUGUUUUUAUACCAGUUUAGUCUCUUGGUUGGUCAAAAAACAGUUAUGUACUUGUUUUACAUGUUUUGACUUUGGUUUGUAUCCAAACAAUAGGCAAAGGGAAACCAUUAUGAACUAAAAUUGCAAAGGAUUUUGGAAAAUUGUGGUGAAGCUGCUGAGCAGUUCUAGUCCCAAUGAGAUAGUACCAAACCUUCAUAAUGUUCUAAUCAAUACCAAUUCUUGCUUCAUUCCAAGAUGACUAUUUUCCUGGAAUUAUUAAUAUAUUUAUUGCACUGGUUUAUCAGGUAAAUACAUUGUCAAAUGGGGCAGUAGAAUUUCCUCUUGGUCAAUAAAGAACAUAGAAAAUAGAUUAAUAACUUACUCAGGAAUAGAGACAACAUUGUGGAUAAAGUAAAUGUAAGAAAUAUACUAUGAAAAUGCAUGGUAGGUCCCCAGCCAUUAAGAGAAAUAUGAAUAGAUUUGGAUUAGAACCCUCAGAAAGACCAAGGCGACUACGAACAAAAUAUCAGCAUCCCUACAUUUUCUAUCACAGUAGAGGUUGAUUACAAUUCUUCAGCAAAAGUAUUAGUAAAGAGAUCAAGAGAUCUUUGAUACCCUCUCUCCCUUUUAAUCAAUUAUUUUUCUUGCCUUAGUUUGCUGUGAUAACAUAGCCUUCCUUAGCAAAAUAAUAAUCUGAGGAUUACCAUGGUCUGUUUUCCUCUUCAGCUAUUUACAUAAAACCUUUCUUCCAAAUGCAAAUUAAAGUGUUGUGAUGGAGCAAGCAUGACAGCACAACUCCCAAAAGUGAACUCUGUUAAUCCAAUGGCACCUUCAAACUGAUUUGAUAAUUUCCCUAGUCACUAUUGUUCCAUUAUUCAGCUCGAGGUCUUUCUUAUUAAGCUUUCACAUUGUGCACUUAAGAAAAGAUUGCAGAUAAUAGCUAAAUUUAAUAUUUUAUCUACUGCAGCACUGAUUUAAAUGAAGGUACACUUCUAAAUAGAUCACCUAAGCCAUUCUUCAUGUGCUAGGCAGGAAGUGUGGGCAUUUAAGCUAAAGAACGCGUGAUCCCUAUUCUUUGUUUACCUGAAGUUUUAAUGCUGAUACUACUUGCAGUGGAGAGUGAUUGGGUUGACAAGAGCUUAUCUGAGCUUUCUCAUUCACACUGAUUAUUAUUAUUAUCAUAAUGCUGUCCGAAAUAUCUCGUUUAACACAAAAGAUGAAUACAAUUAAAGACCUAUUAGUUUUGAAGAUUCUGCGCUACACUGGAAUGGUGAUUUUCCAUGUCAGGUGGCUGAGGAUGGCUAAUCGAUUGUCUCAGUUUUGAUAUUUUGUUAGAUAAUAUUAUGAUCACCUCAAUGCAUCACAGUCCGGAACUUUUUAUAUAACAAUUUCAUACUCUUUGAUUCAAAUGUAUCUCUUGUGAUAUCUGUAAUUUCUCCAAAUAUUUCCCGUAGAGCAUCAUAGGGAGGAGGUAAUUGAAUCACAUGAAUUGAACCAGCAAGGGAACUGGACUUAAUAAAAAAUAACUCAAUGGACCUGGCUAUAAAUUGUGCUUAGAUUUAAACUGAAAUUGAAUUGACUUUAUUUCUUACAUUCUUCACAUACAUGAGGAGUAAAAAUCUUUACGUCCCCAUCUAAAUGUGCAAUAUGCAAUCAUAGUAAUUUAUAAUAAUUUAUAAUAAAUAGAACAGUCAAUGUAAUAUAGAAUACACUCAAAUCAGCAUGAGUUAAUCAGUCUGAUGACCUGGUGGCUGGAAGCUGUCCCAGAACCUGUUGGUCUUGGCAUUUAUGCUGAGAUACCGCUUCCCAGAUGGUAGCAGCUGGAAUAGAUUGUGGUUGGGAUGGCUUGGGUUCCCCAAUGAUCUUAUGGGCUCUUUUUACACACCUGUUUUUGCAAACGUCCUGAAUCAUGGGAAGUUCACAACUACAGAUGUGCUGGGCUGUCUGCACCACUCUCUGCAGAGUCCUGCGAUUAAAGGAGGUACAGUUCUCAUACCAGGCAGUGAUACAGCCAGUCAGGAUGCUCUCAAUUGUGCCCCUGUAGAAAGUUCUUAGGAUUUGGGGGCCCAUACCAAACUUCCUCAACCAUCUGAAGUGAAAGAGGUGCCGUUGUGCCUUUUUCACCACACAGCUGGUGUGUACAGGCCAGACGAAGUCCUCAGUGAUGUGGCUGCCGAGGAACUUGAAGCUGUUUAUCCUCCCAACCUUAGAUCCAUUGAUGUCAAUAGGGGUUAGCCUGUCUCCAUUCCUCCUGUAAUCCACAACCAGCUCCUUUGUUUUUGCAACGUUGAGGGAGAGGAUGUUUUCUUGACACUGUGGCAGAGAGAUGACUUAUUCCCUGUAGGCCACCUCAUUAUUAUCUGAGAUAAGGCCAAUCAAUGUAGUGUCAUCGGCAAAUUUAAUUAGCAGAUUAGAGCUGUGGGUGGUGAUACAAUCAUAGGUACAUAGGGAGUAAAGGAGAGGACUCAGUACACAGCCCUGAGGGGCUCCUGUGUUGAGAGUCAGAGGGUUGGAGGUGAGGGAGCCCAAUCUUGCAACUUGCUGGCGCUCUGACAGAAAGUCCAGAAUCCAGCUGCACAAGGCUGUAUUGACUUCAGAAGCCAUUUUUGUCAAUUUAUCUUCUGUCAAAUGUCACAACACAAGCCUACUCUAUAAAACUCCUAGCAUGUGGUAUUUUACACUAAUUUAUUUUUCAUGCUGUGUUGUGGACUUGCCCAUUGCUAACUUCAUUGCCAAGUCUCAUUCUCUAAUCCAUGAGAAUUUGGAAGAGGUUUGACCAGUAAGUGAAUUGUGUGUGCUCAGAAGAUAUCUGCUGUCAAUUUCAAAAUCAAAGUGAAACUUUCUCUUCCACCCUGGCAACUAAGAAAGAGAAUGUAAACUGAAUAACACAUAUCACAUUUUAUUACUCUUUGCAACAACUAACAAAGUUCUUUAAAACAAAACAAAAACAACAGCAUGUUUUUAUUCUUUUAAUAAGAUCCCCAAUUCUAAGUAAUUAACAAUUCAUGCCAAUAUUUUCUUUUCAUUUCAAACAAAAAUAAAUAGCACAUGAUCAAACUGAUAAACAAAAAUAAAGCCAAUUCUGCUGAUUUUUCAAUAAAUGUAUUUCUAAUUAAAUGGCCAUUUCAGCAAUGGAUAAGAUUUCUCCAAUCCUUAAGGUGAAAUUGUACAUUCAGAAAGACAUUAGUCCAUGAUUGUUGCAGUGUCUUGUAGGCUAAGACUCUUCCUAUAGCACAUAGAUUUUCUGAACUGAAAAAGAUUUCUUUCCCACUUUGAUCUUGAUUGUAAGUACAUUUUAAAUUAGUAUCUCAUUAUAAAACCAGUAGAAAAACCAAGUGUGCUUGUAUAUGACAGGAGGUGCGAACACACAAUCCCCUCGUCCCUUUACAUCCAAAGAAUUCAACAAAUUGCAUUCAGCUGUGGUUUUUGUCUAUUGUAAACAUUUUACCUUUCACCUUACCUCUGAAUGUUGCUAAAAUUCAGAUUGGAAAACAGACGAACUGUUGCUUUUGGUGCUAUAUUCUGCAGUACUCUAAUUGGCUAUAUGUAGAUACUAAUGCAAACAUUUUAAAUUGGAGCUAAGUGAGGUUUUAUGGCCCCUUAAGUUUGGAUUGCCAUUCAGCUAGAUCACUUUACAUCAAAUCUAUUUUUGCACCCAACUCCACAUCACCUUAGUUUCCUGAGUUUCAAAAAUCUAUUGCUCUCCAUUUUGUCUAUUUACUGAUGGUUAGCCAUCCAAAGAUUCACACAGAUUAAGUGAAGAGAUCCCUGUCGAACUCAGUUACAUAGACCUUACCCCUGGUUCAGAGAUUAUGCCACCUUGUUCUAGAUUCUCUCACUAAGGGAAACCUCCACCCAAAGCAAUCUGCUUCAGAAUCUGAAAGUGAAGCUAAUAAUAUAAAAUCAUUUUGAUUGCCCAUGAGUGAUAUAAAAUCAUAGCUUUCAAUCAUGUACCAGCAAAAUAAAGAUGACAGUCAAAAAUUCUCAUUAUUUGUUCCAGUCUUAUCAACAUUUCUUCCUAUCCUAUCUUUGGGGCAACAGAACUAAUGAACUUGGAGCAAUUAGCUAAAUAUGAAUGACUCACAGGUGACUUGUGAUCCAAUUAAAUGGCAAAAUGAGUUGAAGAAUUCAGUGGUCUUGACCUGUUUCUAAAUCUGAAUAUUAAUCCGACCCACCUUUCAGUAAAGAGAUAUGGCGCAUGCUGGUAAAUUCACGUGAGUCAACUUCUUGAUGUAGGAAUUGAUCAAUGCAAAAGGCAUUUCCAUAAACAACAAAAAUUUCAUGUAAUACUGGAUAUGAGCUUAACAUAUGUUCACAGGCAUGGAUGAAAAUCUUUGUCCAUUGGCCACAAAGAGCUUUACUUGAGAGGAGUUGCUGAUUUUAAGGAGGAGUGAAGUAGGUUGUGAUUCAAAAGGGAUAUAAUUUCUUACCAGAUAUGCUAUGUUAAAAUGACCCCAUUCAGUUUUAGUGAAUGAUGCAACCCAAAGCAUUAAAGAAUCUGUUUCUUCUCCUUUUUCAGAAGAUGGCAGACCUACUCUACAUUUCCAUCAGCUUUUAUAUAUAUUAAGGGUGUGGCCAAACUAGAGCUGGAGAGAAGGGAAGGGAUGGUCUUCAAUUUUAAUUUAGUCAAUCUUAGUCAGCCUGACAGUUAGAACCAUAGUUUUCAGAACAGAGCAGCAAAAAUACUUGAGAAAUUGUGUAGUGGCAUGAAUUCCAGCUUCACGGGGACAGGGAAUUAUGACAUAAAUGACAAUAAGUGGUGACUGCAACUGUGAAAGAGUGGUGUAAAAUGUUACCAAGCAUUCCCAAAUGUUUUAAAAUCAACUCGCUAAAUCAACCAAAAUGCAAAUAUAAUGCUGGACUGUGGUCAGCCAUAGAAAAAGUUAUAUUAUUUGUGCUAUUCUGAAAGAAUGCUGUUAAAAUUGGUUUUAGUGACUUUGCGCAUUCCAAUUCAUUUUCUGACUUUUUCAUGACUGGAUUGUCACAUAAGCAAAGGAAAGUCACAUUGUUUACAAAAUGACUGAUUUUAAUCAAGAACAACAGAAGAUUUCCUUGGUAUAAAAUAUGUAUAAAAUUUGUACAGUAUAUAUAUCUUGUUUUGUUUACCUUGAAAAUAAUAAGAUCAAAUGUUAUGCAAAAAGAAUGAGGAAAACCAUUUGACUUUUCAUUGCUCACCUACUUAAAUGGGCCAAUUGCAUCUCAAUACAGCAUCCAAUAUCUAACAGGAUUAAAAAGUUUUCAACUCCAAACGCCAAUUUAAAACCUCAUUCCAUAUGCUAAUCACAACUGGGAUAGAACUUUUUGAUAUCAGUCCAAACUCUGCCACGCUGAACUGGCGCCAUGUAUUACUUCCAAAGAAAGCACUUUGCAAUCAACUUUUCAAAUCCAUUUAUUUAUAUUUCACUAUAAAUGCUUUACUUAAUUGGACAUAUGACUACACCUGGUUUGCAAUAGUAAAACAAAUAUUUGCUGUUUUACACCUUUCUAUCAUGUUCAAUAAAGAAAGUUCUACUUUUUGCCAGAAUGGUGAGCAACAAUUUAGUAAUUUUUCAGGUCUGAAACAUUACUCCAUUAUCAGAAGUCUACUUGACCAAUUAUGAAACUUAUGGAACAUUUCAGAAUAAAAUGGAUCUGAUAGAAAUCACAGUUUAGAAGAGACAUUGUAUUGGGACAACUGCAGUAGAGUAUCAUCCUUUAUCCUUUGGUUAUAAAUGUUUGUACAUAAAACUGUAGAAUAUUUCUGUUAAAAUAAACAGUUUGUGUGUCAUGUUA